CCUCGACUCAACCAAUCUUCGCCACAGUAGAAACUCAAGACAUUGUUGAACAAGGACAUUUCUGGACUUUGCAAAAUGGUCAGCCCAACUGAUGAAGACCUGAUAAAGGCAGUCAAAGCCAUUCGUCUUCAAGAUCCAGCUCUCGCACGGGCGAAAGUCUUGAAGCAACUCAAGGAUGAGAAUGGCUGGGAAUUGAGUGAGAAGCGUCUCAAGACAUGUAUGGAUACACAUAAACUCGGCGCCGUCACCCCCGCUCUCGAUCCAGAGGUUCUGAAGCCAAGAGAUGCCGCGUUUGAUGAAAUGCUCAAGGAAGCCUUCCAAGAACUCACGCGCUUUGAAAGAGAAUUUUAUCUCGGUCUUUCCAAGGCCGAUGCCAAGGUUUUGAUGCCCGUUCCUGGCAUCAACCCUAAAGACAUGCCGUUCAUGAUCGCCAGCAGUCAGCGUCAUUACGUCGAAAUUCUUCUCACUCUCAAAGGAAUCAAGCCUUGUACCGUGAUCUUCCACCCUUACGCUACUGAAAUCUACACUCGUUUAGUCAACGAAGUCCUCAAGCCCGUUAUCAAAAAAUAUAAACUCAAAACCUACGGCUUUGAGCUCCGCCAAGUCGACCACGCAACCAUGAUCGAAAUGGGCCGUCCCGAGCCCGACAUGUUCUGGCGCGGCGGCUGGAUCUUCGCCGAUAUCCUCUCCCCUCUGUGGCGCGAUAUCCAAGGUAUUUUCUUCACGCCCACUGAAAUCCACAUCUUCAGCGAAGAGUGCGAUAUCUACCAGGAUAAACUGUGUAAAGUCUUUGGAUAUCCAGUCAGGGGAUUUCCGAGACAGGAAGAGGGCAUAAAUCGGGUACAGUAUAUGGAUGAGACGGAGUGUGGGGAGUUGGCGAAGGUAGGUGGGAAGAGUGAGGAUGAGGUUGAGGUUAUCGGGUUUGAGUAUGAGGAUGAUGAUGGGGAUGAGGAGAGGUGGAUGAAAUGUCUCAUACAUUUUGAAAGCUGCCAGCGAGCGAUGAAGAGUGUGGGAAGCAGGCUGGAACUUGACCUCCGUCAUCAUAAUGGACUUUUCAAUUAUGUCCACCACACUAGACGCUGAGUUCUGGGAUCAGAUAUGAUACAGAAGAGAGCAAGCAGGGCCCAAAGAGUCGAUACCCAUAUCAAAAAUGGCUUGAAUUUGCAGCUUGGCGCAAAUCAGCAAGUUUACCAGAUUUUGGAUCAUCGCAGGCAUUUGGAUAAAGCAGUCUGUAUAUAGACUGUGCUCACCAAUCCAUUUAGCCCGAGGAAAACUUGCAC